AUUGGAUGUUGGACGCGGUUAUUACAAGUACUGUUGUACAACAUGUGAGAGAAGUAACUAGUAGAAAACUUGCCUCAACAGUUCUGUCAUCUUGUACACUUUACGUCUGGUCUAAUACAUGGCUUGGUCACUGGUUCGUAAAUUGAAUAAGUACAUUAUUUUAUAUAUGUAGAGUCAAAUAAAUUCAGCUGUAAAUAAUAACCGUAAUCGCUACUUGGUACAAUGCAAAAAAUAUAUAAAGGAAAUCUUAAGUUCAGGAGUACUGGGUACCGAGGCAGCCUCACUGGAUAUUAUUGAACUUAUACCCGGAAAUAUGUAUACCAAAAUUGAUGUCAAUUGUAAACUACCCAUUUGUCAUAGUUCCAACAAACUAUUAGUGAAACAAUCACCUACCGCUCUAGCAUCUGAUAUUCAACAAUUUAUCAAUAGUGGAAGUGGUGAACUAAGAUCACUUUUGCGUAAGAAUUAUCCAAAAAUGAAGAUUCCUGUUUUUCAGUUUUUUAUUACCGAAGAAGCUUAUAAAGUAACUGCUCCUUUGAAUGAAUCCAAUGAUGUUGUUGUAUGUGCUACUACUACUACUCCAACAUUUAUUAAACCUAAUAAUGUUUAUGGUUUGGAACGUAAUAAACUUGUCAAUAUAAUUAAUACAAGAUUGAAAGCAAUGAAGAAAAAGUCUCAUCAGUCAGAGUCGAAAAAUUUAAUAUCUGACAAUUAUGAAGAGGUGAAUAUCUCUCCUGAAUAUUCUCAUCAAGCCCGAACUUCCACCGCUGCCUGGGCAAAAUAUUGGAAAGAGAGACAAGACUGGCGAGCUGUAGCUAAACGAGAAAGAAGACUUCGUUAUCAGAGUUUAGGAUUACAAUUUUUAACGCUUAGUCUGGAGAAGAGUAAUGAUAGAGAAGACAUUUGACAUUUGACUAACUAUUGUGUUAAUAGUAGUACUUUUUUCAAUCAGUCCUUAUUGAAGUGUUCUGCUUCAUCCGAUGAAGAAGAAAAAAAAAGACAGCAUUCUCUUUAUUUUUUAAAUAACCGGGGAUUUGGGAUUUGCAGAAUAUUAUUGAUGGAGCACCUCUAAUAACACUCGAGAUGACCUUGUCCACGAUCAUAUUUCAUCGGCAUUUAACUUCCCACUUCAUUCACCUAUUCAUCUCUCUUGUAUUGAAAAUUUCAAAGAAAAUAUUUUCACUGUUAUUCUGUUCUAGUUUCAUUGUUUAUUAUUAUUGGCUAGACGUAGUCCAU